AUGUGCGCUCUCGGCAAAACGCUAGUUGUGGCGCUAAUCCGUGUUGGGAACACAACCAUCAAAUUUCGUUUAUCGCCGCCUGCACUCUCGAUGUUCACUCAGCAUCAAUCUCAUGGUAGAUUCAAUCAGGAGUGCUUGGUUUGUUUCGAGUCUCAAAUAAUCGAUAGUACAUUUUUGACGUUCGCCCUCUUCGUCCCGGAAUGAUGAUAAUGAGAACAACAAUUUGAAUAAAACCCGAAAAACCAGCGAGAAUCUAAUCAAUGAAGCGGCAAGCUCCCUCAAUCUCUCUUCGGAGGUUGCGACGGAACAAAACAAGCUGAAGUAACUGUAUCUAUGAAUCCACAUGGGACACGAGCGACAAGUGCAUUCGAUAAAGCCAUGUUCCUUUUGAAAUGUACACGGGUUGUCAAAUUCACUAAGAUUGAUCAUGUGUUUAGCACCUACUACUGCCGUUUCCUUUGUCACACACGUAUACCUUCCUUCUAAACGUUCUGCUAUAGACUCAUCUACUAAUGUAGUUUGACAUAGCGCUACGUUAAAGAACACCGGACUCUCUGCCUGGUUCGUCGGAAUAGUUUUGAACGUAAACUC